UUCCCUUUUGGUCCCUCGAUAAAACAGCUUCUCCUCUAAUGCCUUUUGCACUGGAAGCAGCACCUCCUGAUCCGGCCAGAAGCAGCUCUCCCCAGCAUGAGAACUGCCACCCUCCUCGCGGCCCCGGCAGCGAGCCUUCGCCUCAGCCUCCUGCUUCUGCUUUCCUUCUGCCCAGACCGAGGUGUGCGAGCCAAGGAGCUGAGGUUUGUGACAUUGGUUUUUAGGCAUGGAGACCGAAGUCCCAUUGAAACCUUUCCUUACGACCCCAUUAAGGAAUCCUCAUGGCCACAAGGAUUUGGCCAGCUCACUCAGCUGGGUAUGAAGCAGCAUUACGAACUUGGAGACUAUAUAAGGAAACGAUAUGGAAAGUUCUUGAAUGAGUCCUAUAAACAUGAACAGGUUUAUGUUCGAAGCACAGAUGUUGACCGGACUUUGAUGAGUGCUAUGACAAACCUUGCGGCCCUAUUUCCCCCAAAGGGUACCAGCGUCUGGAAUCCCAACCUUCUCUGGCAGCCCAUCCCAGUGCACACAGUCCCUCUUUCUGAAGAUCAGUUGCUAUACAUGCCUUUCAAGAACUGCCCUCGUUUUCAAGAACUUGAGAGUGAGACUUUGAAAUCGGAGGAAUUCCUGAAGAGGCUGCAUCCUUAUAAGGCUUUUAUAGAAACUUUGCCAAAUCUUACAGGAUACCAGGGCCAGGAUCUUUUUGAAAUAUGGAGUAAAAUCUAUGACCCUUUAUUUUGUGAGGGUGUUCACAAUUUCACUUUACCCUCCUGGGCCACAAAGGACACCAUAACUAAGUUGAAAGAAAUAUCAGAAUUGUCCCUCCUGUCCCUCUAUGGAAUUCACAAGCAGAAAGAGAAAUCUAGACUGCAAGGGGGCGUCCUGGUUGGUGAAAUCCUCAAUCAUAUGAAGAGCGCAACUCAGCCAUCAAACCACAGAAGGCUCAUCAUGUAUUCCGCGCAUGACACUACCGUGAGUGCCCUCCAGAUGGCGCUAGAUGUCUACAACGGAAUCCUUCCUCCCUACGCUUCCUGCCACUUAAUGGAAUUGUACCUGGAGAAGGGGGAGCACUUCGUGGAGAUGUACUAUUGGAACGCGACGCGGCGUGAGCCGCAUACCCUCACGCUGCCUGGCUGCACCCCCAGCUGCCCUCUGACGAAGUUUGCUGAGCUGGUGGCCCCCGUGAUCCCCCAAGACUGGUCCGCAGAGUGUACCACGAGCAACUAUCAAGUUCUAAGGAUCAUCCUAGCCGUUGUCUUUUGCCUGGUGUCUGGGACUCUAAUGGUGCUGCUGUUUAUCCUCAUCCGCCACGGGCCCUGCUGGCAGAGAGACUCCUAUGGGAACAUCUGAACAGAUGGCUGAGUAAGGGCAGGCACACCAGGCCAGCCUCCGGUGAGCAGCGUCUCUCAGUGACACAGCAUGCAACGGACAGCUUUCACUCCGUGGGCCUCACCUCGCCUUCUGAGCCGCCUAGGGCAGGGUCCAAACUCACAGUGACCCAGGGACCGCUGCCGGACCGACUGAUGAGUGCACACCCAGGCUACUUACUUAGGUCUCCUCAUCGUUGAACUCACCACAGUGCAGGCUUCUCACUUGCCUGGAAGGAGGCUCUUCUGCAAAGGAUAGCUAUACAGUCUGGCACAGUCUUCUUAUGAUAAAAAUAAGCAUGCAAACUCCAAUCAGCCUUUUGCCUGCAAGGAGCAAAAAGUUACAAGGGGGUGACGAAGACACAGAUUAAAGAAGACUGGAUAAAGGAGGAAAUUAGACCAGGAGUAUUAUGUAAGAUGAUUCUUAAGAAAUGGGACCCAAUCAGAAGGUAUAAAUAAAUCGUUUUUUCAGCUCUGAAGUAGGUUUAAUGCAAACAUGACCACUCCAGUGUUUGAUAGCUAACAGGUGUCUGUGUGUUUCUGUCUAUUCACACGCUUGUGUACACAUACCUACAUGGAAAAUGCCUUAGGAAGAGGUAUUUCAUUCUCAGAAGCUGUAGUAAGAACUACUUCGGCUGUUGAUAAAGUAGCUCAGGUCAUUUCCCCCUCAAUUUGUAUAAUGAGAAAUAACUAGAAAAUCCGCAUAGCCAUGAUUCUUUUUUUAAACCACCACUGUUAAAGCUGGAUAUUUUUAUAGGUUUGAUUUCCCUACUUCGUUUCAAAAGUAAGAGAUUUUACUUUGAUAAGGACUAUUAACGAUCAUGAUGAAAUAAUAAUGUAUUUUAAGUGCUACAAAUAGAUCUGAAAUUCUCAAAUGGUGAGGUUAGAAGAAAAACGCCCUGAAGGACGAUGGACCCACGGUUUCAACUCUGCCCAGGCCUUAGACCAACAACUUGGAAUAAGUUCUUUUAAAUCUUAAAUGUUGGUUUCAUAAUCUACAAAUGAAGGGUCUGGACCAGAUGAACACAGAAGUCACUUACAGUGCUCAUGCUCCUUAAACAGAUUUUUUUCAUUUCGUGCUGUGGAUUGGUCACUGCCCAAGCAAGCACGUUCAUGAAUGGUUCCACUGUACUAAGCCUGAAAAUUAUUCUAAACAAUUUUAUUCUGUGCUGAGCCUCCGACCAUCCAGCUGGUAAGAGAUUCAAUCUCAUUCAUUGGUAGGGUUCUUCACCUCCUCAGGUACUGCUGGAGGUCCCAGACUGUACCUGAUGGGACAGAAAGUGCCCCAGAACCCCACUCCAUCUCUUAAUCUCAGCAACAUUUCUCCCCACUUGGAUCCUACAGCGUCUACCUGUUAAAGUCCAAGCACUUACCUCUAUCACUCUCACUCCACGUAAUUCUCACUGAGCCAACCUGGUUAUUGCAAACAAAAGCCUGAGAAGGAACCUUCUCUUAACUGGUAAUUGCUGCUUCCUGCUGCAGUGCAAAAGGAAGGCAGGCAGGCAAAGAAAUGCAAGAUCUGGCUGCAUUCUCGGCGUGGGAAAAGGGAAAUCAAUUAUAGCAGCAAGAACAAAUUACUGUCUCCAUAGAGUAGCCAGUUAUAUCAGUAAUGAAGCCCCAAUAUCUUAUGCUAAUAAGUGAUGAGACUUGAAAACAGAAGUAUAAACAGAACCACGGGUUAUGGAUUCCCUCACUCACUCAACAAACAUUGAGGAAAGAACUAAUAUUUUCUAAUCACUGGCCCAGAUGCUAAGUUGUCCAUCCCUAAUGUGAUUAUUAAAGUGUUUGAUCCCGACAGUGACGUUAUGCAGGGUUGGUAGAAUGUAGAAGUCAAAGCUCUCACAAUCUUUUCCUCAUGUCAUCUUUUAAUACUGUUAGUGGCUAAAAGGACCCCCACUUUCUAUUGGUUCUGAGGGAUUUUUCAGCAUCCCCCAUUUCUCUUCCUUCUACCAUCUCUUUUGAUGAUGGUAAAGAUUUCGUUGUUUCUUUCACCUUCCACAGAGCUACUCUGUUGAUAAAUUCUCUGAUUGUCUUUCAUACUUCAUGACAGAAUGAAAAAGCACAAGUGACAAAUAAUAUUAGUGAUAAAGCAGAGAAUAGAAAGGUAACCGUAACAUUUCUCAGGAAAUAAGCUAAUCAUCCCAACUUUAACAGGAAAGUUUGUAAAUUCUCUCUACCGGU